AUUUCUUAGCAUGGCAUGCUUUGAGAGGGAAUCUCCAGCACUGAAGGAAAUCCUACUCAAACUAUACCGUGCUCAAAAGCCCGUGGAGAUUGAUCAUCACUUGUACGAAUUCGGGUCAGUGGAAUACCACAUUCAGUCCUCAGCAUCAGAUCCACAAUAUACCUUCUUAUCAAUAUCAACCCCACUACUGUCCCAAGGUGGGCUCUCACAUUAUACCAUUCAGAUGGUUGAGGGAAUUUGUUCUGAUGUUGUGGAGAUCAUUGAGCCUGCAAAACAAGGAUACCAGCUUACUCUAAGACUUGACUUUGCCAAAAUUCCCAGUAAAAAAGAUGGUGAGAAGAUAAUUGCAAAGACUUCUGCAGUGCAAGCAGUAAUAAUAAGCUCCCAGCUGAAAGAGAUGUUGCAGAAUGUGAAUUCACAGGACACCUAUCAAGGAGCGUGUAAACCAAUUAAGCUUGUAUACCACCCAAGAGAACCAUUCUUUGUCAUUAAACAGCCACAGAAAAUCGUAACAGUAUUCCCAAUGCGUUUCAAAGACAAUUCAGAUGUGACCAUUGCAACAGCCUUCUUUCAGGAACUCACGGAUGUAGGAAGUUCCGAAAAAUGGGCCAAAGCACCUCCAUGUAGUUGGUCACCCAUUCCACCUCCAGAAUUGAGAGGAGAACUCUUUGAAGAUUUAAGCACCAAUGGAGGAUUUGUUUCUUUUGAUAUAUCUUCAAGUCAUGUGGAAGGCAGACGGCUAGACAAAACUGUCUGGAGCUUAUUGAACUUCUUUGCUUGCGUUAAAUACCAUGUAAAGAGCACUAGAGGUUUUAUUCAAAGAAGGAUGAGAAAGCGCUUGGAAGGACUGGUUCAGGUCCUGCAUGCACCAAGCUCAGAAGAAAAAGAAGACAAAAGUAAAAAGGUUCAAGGACGUAGGUUCAUGCGAAAGCUGGGGAAAUUAUCAAAAUCUAACAUCAUAAGACGAGGAUGUGGAGACUUGAGUAAGAAGAUCAAGAGAAUUCGCUUCCGAAUCAAGAUCCGAGGGUUCGGGCGUUUCCGUCGGCGAUGGUUGAAAAUGCCAAGCUUUUCUUCUUCAAUGGGAUACGCCAAAUUAGAAUAAUUUCUUUAC